CUAUCAAUAGAAAAUGCGCGUUGGCGGCAGCUAUAAAUUGAGUGCAAACGCGUCUAGUCUUAACAGUUGCUCGAUAUUCUCAAGCCACAACACUACAAAAAUCUCAAAAAACAUGUCGCUGACAAUUACCAAAGAUGUGUCCACUCCUGAGCUCAAGGAUCUGAGCACUGUGCGCAAUGAACAAAAGGAGUUGAAUCUUUCACCGGUGCACCGUUUGAACGUGAGCCAUGCCACCGCCACUUUUGGCAUGGGCUGCUUCUGGGGCGCAGAAUCGCUGUAUGGCGCAACGAGGGGCGUGCUACGCACCACAGUGGGCUAUGCUGGCGGCCAAGCGGAAUUCCCAACGUACCGUAAAAUGGGUGAUCACACUGAGGUCUUGGAGAUUGACUAUGAUCCCACCGUGGUCAGUUUCAAGGAGCUGCUCGAGCUGUUCUGGAACAACCAUGAGUACGGUCUAACCACGCCCAUUAAGCGUCAAUAUGCCUCGUUGAUUCUCUAUCACGACGAUGAGCAGAAAGAAAUUGCUGAAGCUUCCAAGAAGGAGGAGCAAGUGCGUCGUGCUCCCGAAGUUAUUACCACGGACAUUGCGCCCAAGGAAAACUUUUUUUGCAGCUGAAGAGUAAGUUGCAGAAAUUGACUUGCAAUGACUUUCCAUACUUAUUUGUACUUUCCACAUAGCUAUCACCAAAAGUACAGACUCCAGGGUCAUAAGGAUCUCGCUGCUUCCCUCAAUCUUAGCCCGCAAUUGCUUCAGAGCAGCUAUGUGGCCACCAAGCUGAACGGUUAUCUGGCGGGAGUCGGCGGCAUCGAGCAGUUCAAGUCUGAGGCUGACACCUUGGGCCUGACACCAACCCAGCGCCAGUACUGCAACUAUCACAUUGAACAGAACGAGGGUCAGGGUCUCUACUGCUGACCGCGCUUCAUAGAUGUUAAACGUAGAUCAUAUACUUAGGGGGGUAAUACUAAAGACAUUAUAUUUUAUAAUUAAUUGUACUUUGCCUAAAAAAACAAAGUGUAUUAUUUAGUCUUAAACAAAUAUUCUAAAAAUAAUAUAAAAUAAAAUAUAUAAAUAAAUAUUUCAAA